AUGGAAAGUGACCCUUUACAGACAUCCAAGAUUAAAACUAUAUGCCAACUAGUACAUUCCCGUGCCUUAUGUGCCGUUUGUGGUGCUUUGGCUAUUGGACGGAAUUUCGAUGCACUGACAUGUUUAUCUUGCAAAGCAUUCUUCCGUCGUAAUGCUUAUAAUGAUCAUCUUAUUUUUACAUGUCGAAUAUCAGGUUCAUGCACAAUAACAACACUAACUAGACGACAUUGUUCUGCGUGUCGUCUUAAAAAAUGUUUUCAACAAGGCAUGAAAAAAGAACUUAUUCGUAGUUUGAGUGCAAUCACUCAUGUUACAUCUGCAACAGUUACGAAUAGAUCACAAUUUCAAUUAUUAAAACCGACAACUGCUGAUGUGCUGUCUCUACAUGAUCAAUUGUCUCUUUCAUUGGAUGAUUGGAAUUUCUUGACAAAUAUUCAAACUUUUUACGAACAGUACUGUGUUCAAAAAUUUAUCGAAUCUCAUGAAUCUAUUUCACUUAUACCACCUAAACAACCGUACCGAUCACGUAUUAAAUUACAACGUGUAGUUGAACUUAAAUAUAAAUAUACUGCGAUUGUUGCUUCAUUUAUUAAACACGUUCUUCUAUCUGAUCCAUUUAAAUUAUCAUUGAAUGAUCAUUAUAAUUAUGUUAAAGAUACUUUUUCCUGUUUAUUAUCGGUGAAUGCAAGUGAACUAAUGCAAUCGAAAAUCUUAGAUAUUCUUCCAUGGGAACAUGAUCGAUUAGCAAUAGAAUCUGUUCUUUCAGAAGAAAUUCUUUAUCGUUUAGAAAAAAUUUUAAAUACUUUCCGAACACAUUCACCACAUGAUCCAUUUAUAAUGAAACUUUUGCUUGUUAUACUUGCGUUAUCAUCUCGAAUAUCACCAUUAAUUGCAAAAGAACAAUAUAAUUCAAUUGAUUUUGAUCCUGCACCUAAAAAUCUUCUUUCAGGUCAAAAUUAUUGUUUAACUGUUUUAUGGAAAUAUAUGAUAUAUCGCUUAGGUUAUAAUGAUGCUGUAAUAUUUUCAGUCGGAUUUAUUCAAAAUUUUCUGCAUAGACAAAUAGUUGAAGCUGAAAUAUUUCAAAUAAUACAAAAUAGAGAUGAUCAUGGCCAACUUGCUCAACUUAUGCAGAUGAAUUUAAAAGCCUAA